AUGCAACAGGUGGCCAGGAAGAGGAUCAGUCAAGGCAACACACAAGCUUAUUGGCUGGGACAGAAAGACGUGUCAGCACGAGCAGCCUCCUGUUCUGGUUCAGGGACAGGUUUCAAUAAUGACCCAUCCUUAGACCCCAAAUUUUACAACCAGAAUUGGAUGAAGUCUAUACCCGAUGAGACUCCAGUAUCUGCUAUUCCCAUUCCCGGAACACAUGACAGCUCAUCGUUUCACUGGCUGCUUCCAAAACGAAUCAAAUUUGAUGAAGUACUGAAGAUAAUUUUCAAGUUCUUGAAUGCUCAUGGCAGUGAGACAGUGCUGUUGAAGGUGACACUCCAUGGAAAUUCUAAAAAAAAAAUGGUGGGACUCAUGGAUAAAGUCGUCAAAAACUUCAAAGAUAAAAUAUGGACUGAGUGGGAAGUACCAAACAUGAACCAAGCAAGGGGCAAGAUUGUUUUUCUGCGAAGUGAGACAUACCAUAUUUAUGACUUUGUGGGGCAACACAAAAAAAUGUCUUUGAAUCAAGGGUGCUUAGGUGUCUUUAGUAUGGACUUCCCCAGUGCAGAUCUUAUAAAAGCAAUCAUUCAAAUCAAACCAUGCAAAUGUGGAAGUGGUGGGAGACUAGGAGAAGGUGAAGGAGAAGGGUAA